CGCGCGGCGCUCCUCCGCCGCUAAUGUUUUGGCCGACUCAAGAUGGCGGUGCAGGAGUCGGCCGCCCAGCUGUCCAUGACCCUGAAGGUGCAGGAGUACCCGACCCUCAAGGUGCCCUACGAAACACUGAACAAGCGUUUUCGAGCUGCCCAGAAAAACAUCGACCGCGAGACAAGCCACGUCACCAUGGUGGUAGCCGAGCUGGAGAAGACCCUGAGCAGCUGCCCUGCCGUGGACUCUGUGGUCAGCCUUCUGGAUGGAGUGGUGGAGAAGCUUAGUGUCCUCAAGAGGAAGGCGGUGGAGUCCAUCCAGGCCGAGGACGAGAGCGCCAAGCUGUGCAAGCGCAGGAUCGAGCACCUCAAGGAGCACAGCAGCGACCAGCCGGCGGCCGCCAGCCUGUGGAAGCGGAAGCGCAUGGACCGCAUGAUGGUGGAGCACCUGCUGCGCUGCGGCUACUACAACACGGCGGUGAAGCUGGCGCGGCAGAGCGGCAUCGAGGACUUAGUGAACAUCGAGAUGUUUCUGACGGCCAAGGAAGUGGAGGAGUCUCUGGAGAGGCGCGAGACAGCCACCUGCCUGGCCUGGUGCCACGACAACAAGUCCCGGCUGCGCAAGAUGAAGGGCCGCCAAAACGAGCAUGACGCGAAGCCGGGACGGAAAAGUAGAGUGGCCAGUGGCUCCCCUAAAGAAAGUGAGGAUCUUGGUAUGGAAACCAUAAAAGGAAAGCCAGAAUUGAGCUGCCUGGAGUUCAGCCUAAGGAUUCAGGAGUUCAUUGAACUCAUCCGGCAGAACAAGAGACUGGAUGCCGUGAGACAUGCAAGGAAACACUUCAGUCAGGCCGAAGGCAGCCAGCUGGACGAGGUCCGCCAGGUCAUGGGCAUGCUGGCCUUCCCGCCAGACACGCACAUUUCUCCCUACAAGGACCUGCUGGACCCAGCCCGGUGGAGGAUGCUGAUCCAGCAGUUCCGCUACGACAACUACCGGCUGCACCAGCUGGGGAACAGCUCCGUGUUCACCCUCACCCUGCAGGCCGGCCUCUCGGCCAUAAAGACCCCACAGUGCUACAAGGAGGACGGUAGCUCCAAGAGCCCUGACUGCCCCGUGUGCAGCCGCUCCCUGAACAAGCUGGCGCAGCCCCUGCCCAUGGCCCACUGUGCCAACUCCCGCCUGGUCUGCAAGAUCUCAGGCGACGUGAUGAACGAGAACAACCCGCCCAUGAUGCUGCCCAACGGCUACGUCUACGGCUACAACUCUCUGCUCUCUAUUCGUCAAGACGAUAAGGUUGUUUGCCCGAGAACCAAAGAGGUCUUCCACUUCUCACAAGCCGAGAAGGUGUACAUCAUGUAGGCUGUGCCCGCACCCUGCCCGGCGGUGCUUCUGCUUCUUGCGACCAAAGAUCCAUGAGCAACGACAGACACUCAGGAGCAGAGGCAGGAAGAGUGAACAGUUGUCCUUGAAAACCACGUUCAGCCGCAGGACUGCAGUCGGCCAGCCAGUGCUGCUGGGGGGACUGCCGCCUUUCAGACACGAGGCCACUGGACACCAGGGGACUCCAGAAAACGGCAGUUUCCUCCCUGUUGCUGAUGACGAGCCCUGGGACCCGUGUGUCCUGUGUGUUGGCCUGGAGCAGUGGUGACCAUGCCCGUCUCCUGCUGCGACGGAAGCACCGGGGACAUGGACUCUGCAGAGCCGCUGCCACAGGCCAUCCCUUGGGCGGACCGGCUCCAGCCUCCCCGCCUGCACAGCCUGUGCACCCCGUGGGACCCGCUGGGCCGAGUCUGCAAGGCCUCACGGUGGUCCGUCACAACUGUAAACGCUGUUGGUCACAGAAAUGAGCAGUCCGGCUUGGGGUCAGGUGAGCUGUGGAGUGGACACCGCCGUCCGCAGAGGUUUGUGCUACUUAGUGCUAAUUUUUGCAUGUGGAUGUUGCUUAGCUAAUAAACUGUAAAU